AUCCACGUCUCCUUUCCAGCACCCACCGACUCUCGUCCAAAACUACAGCCCUUCUAUUAUCAUCAACUCAGCACCUUGAUGACAUCCCACGCGGUGGACAUUCCGAUCACGGACUUGGACGAUGACAACGAUUACCUUCGCCCCGCACUGAUGUCGGACUUUGACGACGACUACUCCAUCCCCACGCGCGAAUUCACCAACUUGCCGCCCCAGUCGGGGAAAACUUCCAGCUUUUUUGACAAAAUCCGGUCGAUUUUGACGCGAAAGAGCGUUCAAGCGCUGCCGGAGUACUACGAGCUUCAACAUACGUCGCAGUUCGCCACGUCAGGCUCGGAGAGUGAGCACGAUUCGGCGGUGGACCAUGGACAAAAGGUGGGCAAGCUCCGGCCCGACCGCAUUCUCAUGCUCAUUUUCGCGAGCUUUCUCUUUCUCAUUUUUGUGUUUGCGUUUGUGUCUAAGCGGAAUACUGAGGGAUAUUCGAAACCGAUAUUGUGGAACGGGACGACAGAAUACUAUCCCACGACAAUUAUGAUCUCGCUUGACGGUUUCCAUCCGCACUAUAUCAACUCCGAGACGACGCCUCAUCUUCACAAAAUGAUGGCGAAUGGGUACGGGACGCCGUACAUGGUCCCGUCCUUUCCCUCCUCUACGUUCCCCAACCACUGGACGAUGGUCACGGGGCUCUACCCCGCGGAACACGGUAUUGUGGGAAACACGUUCUGGGAUGCCGCCAACCACAGACAGUUUGUGAAUACGAAGGCGAAGUUGUCGCUUCCUGAAUACUGGUGGGGCGGCCAGCCCAUCUGGCAGACAGCCAGCUAUCAGGGCGUGGAGCUGGCCGUGCACAUGUGGCCUGGGAGCGAGGUCCGCUUCAAGAACGGAAACCCGAUGAUUGUGGAUCAGUACAACGGAAGUGAGGUGUUAUCUCGAAAGGUGGACCGAAUGCUAGGCUGGUUGGACCUUGACAUCAGCAAGCGGCCAGAGUUGAUCUUGGGCUAUGCGCCAACAAUUGACACCUUGGGACACAAAUACGGAGUUUCUGGAGAGCAGCUCAAAGAGGGCUUGACCUACGUUGAUACGUUUAUUGGCGCCAUGGUUGCGGGGAUCGAGCUGCGGAACUUGACUGGCAUUGUGAAUUUGAUUGUGGUUUCCGACCACGGGAUGGCGCCCACUAGCAAUGACCGCUUGGUGUAUUUAGACGACAUCGUGGAUACCACAAAGAUUGAGCACACUGACGGCUGGCCCCUCUAUGGGUUGAGACCGUACCUGAAAUACACCGUGGAUGAGGUUUACCAGGAGUUACAGUCAAACGUGAAGGGGGAUUCACAUUACAAGGUGUAUUUGCGGGAGGAAAUGCCUGCGGAGUGGAAUUUUGGAAACGUCCACCGGUACGAGGAGCGAAUCGCCCCUGUGUGGGUGGUUCCGGACGUGGGUUACGCCAUCACAAAUCAUUCCAUCAUGGAAUCUCAGGGAAACAACUACCAUCCGAGUGGAAUCCAUGGGUACAACAACACGGAGGUGUUGAUGCGGGCACUCUUCCUCGCCCAGGGACCGUAUUUCAAAGAAAAGAUGGGCAGUCCCCAGAUGGUCAAGCCGUUCGCAAAUACCGAAAUCUACAACGUCAUCUGCGAUACGCUUAACUUAGUGCCGCUGCCAAAUAACGGAACCACCGCCAGGGUGUUUAGCCAUGGAAACGCAUUGGGUGACUGGCAAGACGAUAGAGCUUACCCAGAUGUGGCGUUUGCCAUGGACUCAGUGGUGGGCAACGCCACGUAUGAUAUCUUGUGGGGGAAAGCAAAGGGUUCUAAGGCUGACAACACCGACACAAAGACCGAGAAGAAACCUGCGAUGGAGUCAUCAUCUUUUGAGCCGGAUACAACGCUUUCAAUUUCUAGCCCGUCUACGUCUUCCCCUGCAAAGGGCGGAUUUUUAGAGCACUUAGGAGAGUUAUGGGACGAUGUGGAGGGGUUUUUUGGAGACGUUUUUGGGAACAAUGCGAAAGAUGACAGCGAUGCCACCAAGGAUAAGACGGAAAAAGUCAGCCAUGUCAUUGAGGAUAGUGUGGACAAAUUUAACGAUGCCAUUGAGGAUGGUGUGGAGGCAAUCGGAGAAGCGUCGAAGAAAAACACUGUUUCCUUUGUAAGGUUGCAAUCCACCGUUGCCUACGAACAGCUCUUGGCUUCCUUCAAGAGCGACUUGAAAAAGGCCAUGAUUGCCAAGGAUGGCCCAAAGAAAACCGCCAUUAGGAAUGUCAUGGCUGUUGUCAAGAACAAAGAGUUGGAAAAAAUGGGCAAAGAGAACAACGAGUUUGCCGCCUUUGACAUCCUUAGCAAGAUCGCCCAGCAGAGACGUGACUCUAUCCAGCAGUACAGCGACGCUUCCAGAACCGACUUGGCGGAGGCUGAGGAGUACGAGUUGACCGUUGUGCAAGAGUACUUGGCCUCGUUGCCAGUUAUGUCCAAGGCAGAGAUCUCCACCAAGGUUACUGAAUUGAUCAACCGCUUGAAGGAGAAGGCUGGCGAAAACAAAGUCCAGAUGAAGGAUGUCAUGCAAGCGGUGAAUUGGAAAACCCUCCCAGCCGAGUGGAAGGCCUCUCCGGUAGCCGUCAAGGCUAUCAUGGCCCAGCUCCACCGCGAGUUGUGCUAAUCUAGCAGCUCAGCACUGUAUAUAGACGUCUACUAGAAGGUAACAUGUAUGAAAUAAAGGUGAGAUAGGAGAAAAAGCGGAAAAGAAU